UUCUCCUCUCUCCUCCUCCUUCGUCUCCGGCGACGCGCACACCCUCCUUCUCUCUCUCUCUUUCUCUCUCACACAUGCGAACAUACACCCAAAUCAGUGGUUCUAUGCACUAUGCAUUAUCCAGCGACCACUUGCCAGCGCCGAAGCCAUCGGUUUGUGGUUGACCCUGAUAAAUGUUAGACAAGGAAGUCUCCGUCAAGGCGUCUGGGUGGUGUAGUUGGUUAUCACGCUAGUCUCACACACUAGAGGUCCCCGUUAAAGCUGCCAUCAAUUGGGUUUCCAUCCAAAUUUCAGGAAAAAUGUAUCUUCAAACUUCAAGAUACAGCCUGGGCCCUGCAAAGCUCACCCCUUCCCCAACGGAGCAACACUUGAGACUUGUGCACCCUUCAAUUGUGAGAUCUGGGUUUUGCAGUGUGGCCACGAGAAGCCAUAGAGGCUUUGUUGGUGUCAGAUGUGAAGGCAAAGAGGAUGAUGGCUUUUACAUAAGGAGAUGUGUGGAGCUUGCAAGGAAGGCCAUUGGGUGUACUAGCCCCAAUCCAAUGGUGGGUUGUGUUAUUGUCAAGGAUGGCAAGAUUGUUGGUGAAGGGUUUCACCCCAAGGCUGGGCAGCCUCAUGCUGAGGUUUUUGCCGUCAGGGAUGCUGGGGAUUUGGCUCAAAACUCCACAGCUUAUGUGAGCCUGGAGCCGUGUAACCAUUAUGGUAGAACCCCGCCCUGUACUGAAGCUUUCAUCAAAGCCAAGGUGAAAAAGGUCGUAGUUGGGAUGGUCGAUCCUAAUCCCAUCGUGGCUUCAAAGGGUGUGGAUAGGCUUCGAGAUGCAGGAAUCGAUGUGACAGUUGCUGUCGAGGAAGAAUUGUGCAAGAAACUUAACGAGGCCUAUAUACAUCAAAUGCUAACAGGAAGGCCAUUUGUUACACUCAGGUACUCCCUCUCCAUUGAUGGCCAUUUGCAAGACCAACUUGGAGAAGAAGUCACUGAGCCUGGGGGAUACUACUCACACUUGUUACAAGAAUACGAUGCAAUUGUACUUUCCUCAGCCUCAGUAAAUGGUAAGCCUUCAUUUCCAGCUUCCAAAGAACCUGGAGCUAAUCAACCUCUUCAGAUUCUAAUAGCGACAGACCCUAGCUCCCCAGUUCAGAUCCCGGCAAUCCCCGCAGAACUGACUUCUAAAGUGAUAAUCUUCACGGACAGGGAGGCAACUGUGCACCCAGAAACUGCUAAGAGGGGAGUUGAAACUGUAGUUUUGGACAGAUUAGAUUUGGGAAUGAUUCUGGAUUACUGCAAACAACGCGGUCUAUGCAGUGUCCUGCUGGAUCUAAGGGGCAAUAGCAGAGAUUUUGAAGAGAUCCUGAGAGUCGGGUUCGAGCAAAACUUACUGCAGAAAGUUGUGGUGGAGGUGCUGCCGGUUUGGGGUGGGAACAAAGAAGAGAACCUUCCUGUGGCGCUAACAAAUCUGCAGCAAAGGCUGAAGUUGAGGAAUUUGACCUCAAGACACUCAGGACAUGGUGUCUUAUUGGAGGGUUACUUUUGAUGUUUACAUAGUUGGAUGAAUAAGUGGACACAUUGCUAGUUUAUGGAACCUUUUCUUCCACAGCUUUGAUUUGUAAUUGUAAGUGUGCCCAUAGGAUCAGAAUGACAAAUUCAGCAUCGAUCCGGGCAUUAUUUUUCUGGCUUU